CGCAGUCGUCACUCUCACCGUUUUUCGUUGCUCAUUACCCAAUUUCUUCGCCAGGAAACCUAAAAGUGGGACGAAUAUUGGCGAAAUAGAGAAAGACAACUGAAAGAAAACAACACAGAGACAGGAAGAUCAAGGCGCAGCUCGACUCUAAUAAUAUCACUGCCCUCAUUAUCCUUGGCUCGUUUAAAAGCCUAUACCCCCCCUUCGGGUUCCCUCUUUUCACCAUGUCUUCUGCCCAAGACGAAUUCAAUCACCUAGUUCAGUCCAACCAAGAGAAGAUUUCUACGCAUCCUGAGGAUCGUGACAACUCAGACCGUGACUCCAAUCCUUCAGACGACGAACAAGACCAUCCACAGUUCUCCGAACCCGAGGACCACGAUCCCACUAUGAGAGCUCGCACAUCAACCUACCAUGUUCCGAAGACCGUCUUCGAUGCCAACACUGGUCCCAAGGGUGUCAUAGCCGAUGCUCAGGCCUUCGAGCGUGCGCGCCAAAGCUCCUUCCGCAAGACCUUGCUCGGUGACCCCGCCAAAUCCAUCGCUGAUGACUCUACCCUUCUACAUAAUACCACACCUCCGGACGGCUCUGCCAGCGAUGACGAUGAGUACUUCAUGCGCCAGUGGCGCGAGUCGCGCAUACAUGAAUUGAGAAAUCGGAACUUUCGGCGGCCUAGCCCACGACGGAAGAUGUAUGGGUCUGUCGAUACAGUUGAUGCGGUUGGGUAUCUUGAUGCCAUUGAAAAGGUCACAUCCGAUACGGUGGUGAUUGUUUGUAUCUAUGAUCCCGAGUCCAAAACUAGCGCGGUAGUAGAAGACUGCCUGGAAGGUGUUGCUCGCAGAAACCCAACUGUCCACUUUGUGAAGCUCCACUACGAAAUCGCAGAGAUGAACCAUAUCGAAGCUCCUGCGCUGGUAGCUUACAGAGACGGCGAUGUCUUCGAGACCAUCGUGGAAAUUGUCCGACAGAUCCCGAAAGGUCGUGAUUGUACCUCGCACACGCUUGAAGAUUUACUCAAACAAUACCGAGUGCUCUAGAUAUCCACCCAUUUUACUAGUACAUGCGUGAAAGUUACAGGUUGAAUAUGCGCCGGGCGUAUGACUUCCUAUUUUAGCAUUUCUGUCGUGCUUAAAAGAU